CCUAAAAAAAAGUCAAUGUCAAUUUCUUCAUGUUUUGCAGCCAAAUCAGCAGAAACAGUAAAAUCCAAAGUGCCAGCCAAACUUCAUGAACAAGAGAAGGAACUGGAAGACUUAGCGAAACUGCAAAAGGAGAAGGUCAACCAUGCAGUGUUGCAGUCUUCGAGUGAUAUCAAAAUUGUUGAGAAUAAUGGGAAAUCAGAGAAGACAUUAAAGACUACAAAUAAUGUCAUCGAUGGGAACAACGGCAAAGUCGUCUCCUCCGUGAAAAAAGUCAGGAAGAUCGGAGCGGCCAAAGGAAGCAAGCCGAAAGUAGAAGCCAAAACAGAAGUUGAUAUACCCGCUGAAGGUAUUCACAACACAUUCCAGGACAAUCUGUUUGAGGAUGAUCUUCAAGAGGCGAAAAAAGCUGCUUUCAAGAAGAGUUUACCAGAAAAUGUGGCUUUCGAAGAAUCCCUUGUCAACAGCCCAGAAAAUGAUAUCAAGGAUUUGAUAAAAUCUUCAGAAUCCAUAGCAAAAUAUCUCUUGGAAACCGGACGAUUUGAUAAACUCGACCAGUCUCUCCGGGAUGUUGUCAGAAUUGGACUGAUGUCAAAGACAGAAGCAAGUGAAUACAAGAAAAUGGUUCUGGAAUAUUAUGAGAAAUUGGUUGAAUUAAGAGAAGCUGAGGAAUUACAGAGUAAACUGAACGCCCCUCCCUUGGACUAUGCCGAACAAGACUACGUGAUGCCAUUCAACGGUGCUGGUGACACGCUGGACAACAGGAUCUACCCAUACGGUCAGGUGGAGAGCGCUUCGGAGGACAGCAGUCGCUACGAGGACAGCAACGAAGACAGCUACCCGAUCGACCCCAGCGUCAAUGCUCAGUCCGAAUACGUCGACAUCCCGGCCGAUGCCAUUCAACAGUCUUACAGCCGAUUCCCAGACAUGAAGCCGGAACUCGUUCCGGUCAGUCGCGAAGAAGAGCCACAAGAGAACAGUGAUUGGCUCACCGGACUUUUGGAACAAGCAAACUAUGGAGGGUAUCCUGAAUCUGAAAGCGUCUUAAACACAAUCUCAGACUCCCAACCAACAUCACGAGCUGAACGAGAGAAAAUACAACGGAUUAUCGAGAGUGUCCUUGCCCGAAAUGCCUUGAAAAGCUCAGAGGAAUCUUCAGAAUUGGAGAAUGAAGAUGAAACAAACGAAGAGGAGGAGGAGGCGGAGGCAGAGGCAGAGGCAGAGGCAGAGGCAGAAGAAGAAGCAAACAGGGAGAACAGCCUGCGGGAAAGGAUGCGGCUCAGAAGCAGAAUGAACAGUAGAAUACCACGCAGGAAAGUCGAGCCCAUAGCCUUGUCGAAAAAGACGCCGGCCCAAUCGAGCGAGCGACGAGACAAGAAAGCAGAAACCAAAAAGCAAGAUCCAGAAUCAAAACGAAAAUCUGCCUAAAAAGAGUCGCCAGCUCCCUUGUGACCAAACUAAACCUAUGACCCCAAGACAGAGCAAUGUCUUGGGUCCUCAAUAAAAGUUUUAAAAAAAAAAAACAGAAAUUGAAAAAAAAAAAAUUAAAUUAAUGAAAAAUAAAAAUAUAUAAAAAAAA